GAACUGUAAGAGGAGUUUAUUCUCAGGAUAGAGGAGGAGUCACUGUAUAAUGAUAAAAGAUUCCAUUCACCAGGAAUGUUUGUAUUUACCUAAAUCAGUAGAAUCAAGAUCUAUUAAACAAACACCGAUGCAAUUACAGACAUAAAUUGAGAAAUCUUUGUAGUGAGAGCCCUCCACACACCGUUCCGAAUUAUUGACAGUCAAAGAGACAAAAAAUUACAAAGAUUUAAGAUAUUUAAACAACACACUGUGGAGACAGGCAGUGCUCUGCAUGCCACACUUAGCGAGAUUCAGUAUCAGAAUGUAGAUCACUGGAUAGGAGUUAUGUAGAAGAUCACAUCUUUGGAGGAAGCAUCCGCUUACUCUGCCCAAGCGUGGGACAAGGUGUAUGAAGGAGAUCCAUGGAGCUAAUUGUCCUCCUCAAGGUCUGCCAAGUGACUGAGGCAAAAGGCACAUUGUCGGUUGAGUAGCCAAGCAGGAGACAUGCCGUGCCAUUGAGAGGAGGAAGAUGUGAGGAAGGAGCUCUCAGCCAUGGAAGUGGGACCUGAGGCUGGGUGUACUCCCGGCAUGGGUUGGGAGUAGGGGGAGCAGUAGGGGGUUAUGGGAUGUAAUAGAAUCAUAGUGAGGCCUUACCUGUAGUUUCUGAAAAUGGUAACCUGGAAAUUCAACUGUUCCCCUAGCUCCUGACCACCUGUAGACCUUUCAGUUGCAAAACGCUCCUCCAUUCACUGCAAAGAGCAACCUCUGCCAUGUGGGGAAGCUGGGCAAAGAGGCACCUUCCUGUCCACAGUUCAGUCUUCUCCCCAAGGAAUGUAGUGUUCCUGCUGCUUCUCUCUCUCUCUUUGGAGGAGACAUCUUCAUCGCCAAUGAAAAGAGUCAAAGAGAAACCAGGAGUGUGCCCCCAUGAGAGGAUCACCUGUGAAACGAAAGUUCCAGAUUGGUGCCAAACUGAUGGGCACUGCGUGGAACAGAUGAAGUGCUGCUCAUUUGCCUGUGGGAAGAAGUGCAUGGAUCCACUCCAAGAACCCUGCAUGCUACCCUCAGAGCAAGGAAACUGUAACAGUAAUAUCAUGCACUGGUAUUUUGACAAUAAACAUCACCUCUGCAAACCCUUUACCUAUGGAGGCUGCUAUGGGAAUGCUAACAACUUCAUCAGCAAGGAACACUGCAUGAUGGCUUGCACAUUAAUUGUCAAGAAAGGACAUUGCCCACUCUUCCCUUUCAAGAACCGUAUGGAGUGUUCAUCUCUGUGUAAGAGUGACAUCGAUUGCCCCCAAAGUGACAAAUGUUGUGAAUCCAUGUGUGGCUUUGUUUGUGCCACGGCCUGGACAGCCAAAUCAGGUUUCUGCCCACACAAGCCUGUGGUGUGUUCCACAUUUGAUAGACCCAAGUGCCUUCAGGAUAAUGAUUGCCCAGUGUCACAGAAGUGCUGUUCACAUUGUGGACUGAAGUGCCUGGAACCUCAAAAAUGAAUCGUAAGUGGCAACCUUGCCAAGCUGUCUUAAGAAGUUAACAAUAUUUUAUUCCAUUGAUCUAUGUGUCUGUUUUUGUGCCAGUACCAUACUGUCUUGAUGAUUACAGCU